GGCCCUAUAAGAAGAGAAGGAAAAAGAAGAAGAAGAAGAAGAAGAAGAAGAAGAAGAAGAAGAAGAAGAAGAAGAAGAAAUAGAAGAAGCCAAGUUGUUAAGAGAAUGUCUGAAUGGGUGGUGUGUGUUCAUGGAGAUCACGAGCAGGCCAGGUCAACGCUGGCUCGAUCUUGGAUCGCGUGAUAAGCCAGGCGAGCAACGAAGAUCAGUGUUUGCUCUAUCGUCUAGCAAAUUACAAGAAGGGGGGUGAAUUGAUAGAGGCAUAUAAUUUGGGCGGCCAGCCGGAAGUGGAGAAGUUGAUGAGAGAACAGUUUGGUAUAUUGAUGUAUGGCGAUGGUAAAGGGCAGGUAAUCAAUCGUGCCGAAUACUUACGUUGGAAGUUUCGCGAUCUUGAUCAAGUAGUAUUACCGAUAGAAGCAUCCUUGUCACGUUUUGAUCCUUUGGCAUUGUGGAACGAUCACGAAGCAUGCUGGCAAAUGCAAUAUCGUGGAUCCCUAGGGGAAAGUUUAUUACACGUACUGAUAAUAUGCGACACCAGAAUGCAUACCAGGAUCGCUAGGAUUCUACUCAAGUGUUUUCCAAGAUUGGCCAUCGAUGUGGUAGAAGGUGAAGAAUAUCUUGGUGCCAGUGCGCUUCAUCUUGCCAUUGCUUAUAACAAUAAUGAACUGGUACAGGAUCUGAUAGAUGCCGGUGCUAUUAUUUCUCAACGUGCCAUCGGUAGUUUCUUCCUUCCUAAAGAUCAACAAAGAUCAAAUCCAGCGAGGAAUACCGAUUACGAGGGUCUCGCUUAUCUCGGCGAAUAUCCACUCGCUUGGGCCGCUUGCUGCGCUAACGAGAGCGUCUAUAAUCUUUUACUCGAUAUAGGUGCUGAUCCCGACGAACAGGAUUCUUUUGGGAACAUGAUAUUGCAUAUGGUCGUUGUUUGCGAUAAACUGGACAUGUUCGGGUAUGCUCUACGACAUCCGAAGCUUCCAGCUCGCAAUGGGAUUCUAAACGCCGCUGGUCUGACCCCGUUGACACUAGCCUGCCAGCUGGGACGCGCUGAGGUCUUUCGAGAGAUGCUGGAACUGUCAGCACGAGAGUUCUGGCGCUACAGUAAUAUCACCUGUUCGGCGUACCCUCUUAAUGCACUCGACACGCUCCUGCCCGACGGUAGAACAAACUGGAACUCCGCCCUAUUCAUCAUCCUGAAUGGUACGAAGGAGGAGCACUUGGACAUGCUGGACGGCGGCAUUAUUCAGCGAUUACUCGAGGAAAAAUGGAAAACCUUUGCCCGAUUACAGUUCUUGAAACGUUUGAUAAUUCUGGCGUUCCAUUUGAUAUCACUGUCUCUGGCGGUUUACCUGCGACCUGCCGAGUUGGAUGCUGUUCUUCUUAAAUGGCCGGAGGAGAUAACGGAGAUGGCACGCAUAGCAGCUGAGUGUAUCACCGUUCUCGGAGUACUCAGCUACAUUCUCGUUCAGCUAGGCGGUGAAAUGGUCAACGUCGGCUUGCUAUCCUUUCUCAAGCAACUGACGCACGAGCCGGCAAAAUUGAUCUUCGUCAUUAGCAAUUUGCUCAUUCUUGCCUGCAUACCAUGCCGUUUCGCUGCCAAUCGUGACGCCGAGGAUGCCAUCUUGGUUGUCGCCGUGCCUGGCUCUUGGUUUCUUCUUAUGUUUUUUGCCGGAGCUAUUCGACUGACUGGACCAUUCGUCACCAUGAUAUAUAGCAUGAUAACAGGAGAUAUGCUUACAUUUGGUAUCAUCUAUGCUGUCGUUCUAUUCGGAUUCUCUCAAUCGUUUUACUUUCUUUAUAAGGGCUUUCCUGGUGUCAAAUCAUCUCUUUAUCAUUAUUAUCAUUCUACUUGGAUGGCAUUACUUCAAAUAACUCUCGGUGAUUAUAACUACACCGAUUUGAGUUACACAACGUAUCCUAAUCUUAGCAAAACAGUGUUCGCCAUAUUUAUGGUACUAGUACCGAUAUUACUACUCAAUAUGUUGAUAGCCAUGAUGGGUAAUACAUAUGCUCACGUGAUCGAACAGAGUGAAAAAGAAUGGGUAAAACAAUGGGCAAAAAUAGUAGUGUCGUUGGAGCGUGCAGUAUCGCAAAAAGAUGCGCACAAUUAUCUACAAGAAUACAGCAUAAAGUUAGGUCCAGGUGACGAUCCAAAUAAUCCAGCGUGCGAACAAAGAGGUGUGUUAAUAAUCAAGAGUAAAUCGAAAACGAGAGCUAAGCAACGUAAAGGUGCAGUCUCUAAUUGGAAGCGCGUUGGAAAAGUCACAAUAAAUGCACUGAAGAAACGAGGUAUGACUGGUGAGGAACUGCGACAGAUAAUGUGGGGACGGGAAUCCUUUUCAACGCCUGUACGAGCUAGUCCAAACGUCGGCGGUAACACCGAAGUUUCCGCGUUGACCGCUGGCUUUGGUGACGCACUCACCGCAGCUCUGGACGUGAUGGCCUUCGCUCAUGAUUUCGAUCUCUCUGCGGAUACCACCGAGGGAAUACCUGGUAGCAACGUGAACGAGAAACAACAGGCUAAGAUACAAGCAAAAGUCACUAGUAGUUGUCAGAGUAUACCUUCAACGAAUGUUCAAGAGAAUUCCCAAGUAAAACUUGCAAGUUCGAGCAAAUUAACUGAGCUUACUACCGAUUUCAUUGAAAAACCCAUUGAACCCACAAAUGUUCCCAUUGAAACGAAACUAUUAAAAGAAGAAGAUCCGUUUUUGAAGUUGAUCAUAGCAUCAGAGUUGACAAACGAUCAAGAAUUGCUUCCAAAAUUAGCCAAAGAUGUGUUGGAGGUAGCGGAAAAGUCAGUAAAGAUAGAGACGGACACACGAUCGACGUCACAAAUUUUAGAAGGCUUAGCUAUGAUCAUGAUACCCACAACCGUCGAAAGUUUUCUGCCGAAGAAGCAAUAUUUUGUUGAGUCUAGCGACAAUGAUCUUUGCACCAAUGAAAAAACAUUAGGAACGGAGUCCUAUCUACGAAGAAUCAGGUCAGCGAACAACAGAUUUAUGAAGAGUAGAAAAAAAUCUGGACGCAAGCCUGCCACCGACGGUUCUUCGUCGUCAUCGUCGUCGUCGUCGGUGGUAGCAGCGACGGCAGUGGCGCCAUCGUCAUCGUCUUCGUCGACGUCGACGUCGACGUACGUCGACGAGAAUAUUAUCGGUUAUAGAUCUUUGUUGAAUGGCCCGGAAGAGGAACCGACGAAGCGUAUCCUGAACAAAGAUCGCAAGAAGUCUGUCGAAACAAUUAAGGGCGAGGUCGAACAAAAUGGUGGUACUCGCAAUCCGUUACAGGAUAAGCCCCACAGACGACGGCCGAAGACAGCUAGAAAUAGAGUAUCACCCAAGGAAGAGCCAGCAAGUAGAAGAGAAUCGAUUGAGCGAAAUAAGGUGCCUUUAGAAACGACGACGACGACGACGACGACGACGGAUCCGUUGGAGCCAUGGAGCACGCGUGGUAUUAAGGACAUGAACGCCAUAUUGGCUUGGAAGGAAAAUACGCCGGACAGUCCUUAAUGUGACUUUAUGAUACUGAGGUUGCACGUACUACAGUUCCCCACCUCACACCACUCACACAUACAUACACAGUAGCCUGAUUGCAUCGACGAAAAAACUACUUUCGCUUGACUCAAAAGUUUACACGCCCAAAGAAAUUGGGAUUUAAAGAGGGCCGAAGGAAGAGACUUAAUGGGUGCGAGAGAGAAAAAAAAUUACAGCGGUAGUCUAUCUGCAACAUCUUCAUUUAAAAAGAAGAAAGGAAAAAAUAUUGCUGUUCUUUUUUUCUUAUAUCAUUGUUUAUUUCUUUUUUAUUAAUUUUUAUAAUAUGUCUUUUAGUCGUCCAAAUUUUUCAGUAAUUUAUCCGACACUCAAUGAAUAUGAAAUUGCAAAUUCCUAUACCUGACAAUUCUUAGGAUCAAAAGAAAAAGAUAUAAAGAACUCUAAGAUCGUCGAUUGGUCAACACAGAAGAUCACAUCACACAUCGAAUAGUGUUCAAAAAUAUUUUAAUAAAACGAUUUACACGUACGAACGCCUACACAAAUAUACACACAUACGCAACGUACAUAGUGGUACUAUGUAAGAGUUUUUAUAGCAACUCAGAUCUCUUUUAAUACAAAAUUAAUUAAUAAAAAAUCUUAUCUCUUAUCCACAGGUAUAAAUUAAUAUUACAUUUCAAGAUUAGUAGAAUUAACAAAAGAAGACAGUUCCAUAGCGAGUGACAAUAAUAUUACAAUCAUUAUAUUACCUUUCAAUGAGUAUUAAGAAGAACGAGAAAAAGUAAACUAACAAACACAAUAAUUUCGAAUGCUCAUACACACACACACACACAUACAUACAUUUUGUAUACAAAGGAAACUACAAGGAAACCUUUAGUAGUAGACUUUAAAAGAGCUUUAGACUUGAACUACUCUACAAGGUUUGUCAAUUAGGCAAUUAAAAGUUGAUGCUUAUAAAGGAAUGGAGAUUUCUAAAGAGAGUAAGGGGGAGGGAAUAACAUGGCGUAGCAAUUACUACACUAGUGUGGUAAUUUUAUUAAUUAUAAUAAACUAUGUUAAUAUCUUUCAUCUCUCUCUCUCUCUCUCUCUCUGCCUCUCUCUCUAUCUCUCUCUCUGUUUUUACAGAAUAAGUGAUUAUCUUUGAAAAAGGAAUAAGUGUCGUGUAAAAGUAAGAAAAUGGCUAUCUGCGAUGUUUUGAGAUUCCUAGCGGGAUCAAAUUUGUAUCAUCGAUAAACAACUUUCAUGAAUUUUUAAUAACGAAA